AGCAGCCGCCGCCACCGCCCCACCGUCUCCACCCAAUUCCAUCUGCCCGGAGCUCCAAGCCGCCGUCAUGUCCGGCCGCGGCAAGGGCGGGAAGGGUCUGGGCAAGGGCGGCGCCAAGCGCCACCGGAAGGUGCUGCGGGACAACAUCCAGGGCAUCACGAAGCCGGCUAUCCGGCGUCUGGCUCGCAGGGGCGGCGUGAAGCGCAUCUCGGGGCUCAUCUACGAGGAGACCCGCGGCGUGCUCAAGAUCUUCCUCGAGAACGUCAUCCGCGACGCCGUCACCUACACCGAGCACGCCCGCCGCAAGACCGUCACCGCCAUGGACGUCGUCUACGCGCUCAAGCGACAGGGCCGCACCCUCUACGGCUUCGGCGGCUGAUCUGCUGCUGCUGCCUCGCCCAGUCUCUUCAAGCCGCUGUUCCAUCUGUCAGUGCGUGUGUUGUUCCGUUCGUCUGUGUAGUGGACGCCAUGAAUACGAAUGCAAUGAAAUCAGAGUUCUUGCGGUGUUAAUUAUCUUGGAUGCAGAGUUUCUGUAAGCUUGUUAAAUUCUUCCCGGCGAGAAAGAUUAGGAGAUAAUGUACUAGCUGAGGUAAAUAUCGGAAAUUCAUGAACCAAUCUCCGAGCAAAUAUUACAGUAAACUGCA